AUGGGAAAAUUUAUAGUUUUAUUGACUUGUUUGGUAUUAGUUUUGGCAUAUAUUGGGAAAAAAUUGAUAGAUUUUGGAGUAUUUCGGCAUAUUAAAACAGUAGGAAUUGAUAAAUGUCGAUUAAUUGUGCCAUCAGAUGGAGAUGAUCAAGCUUUUGAAGAUUUUGCAAUUGAUUAUGACAAAGGUAUUGCUUAUAUGGCUAGUGAUGAUCGUACAUGGUUUCAUACGUUUAAUUUAUCAAAUCACAAUAAUAAAAAACAACAAGGAAAAAUUUUUACAUUUAAUAUUCAAUCUGAAACAUUUAAACAAUUCAAUUUAAUCAAUUAUCCAUAUGAACAUUUUCAUCCAUUAGGAAUUAGUUUAUUAAAAAGAGAAAAUUAUCAAUUAUUUAUGACAAAUUAUCGAAUAGAUAACGGAGAAUUGAUUGGAACUGUAGAUAUUUUUGAAAUUGAUUUUUCAAAUGAAAAUCAAAUAAAGUGGAUUGAUUCAGUUGUUCAUCCUCUAUUUACAGUACCCGACGAUGUUUUGGCAAUUGAUGAGAAGACAUUUUAUGUAACAAAUAUUUAUAAGCAUAGAGUAGAUAAGUCAAGGUUGAUGCAUACAUUUGAAGUUUUUUCUCAACGUCCUUGGGGUAAUCUAUUAUUAUGUUCAAAAACAAAUGAAUGGCAAUGUUCUAUAAUUGUUGAUUCUGUUUCUAUGGCAAAUGGUAUUGCUAGUUCAUUAGAUUUUAAAACUAUUUAUUUAGCAGCAUCAACAGAAAAACGAAUUCGUGUAUAUGAACGUCAUUCAGAAAAUAAUUCCUUAACUUAUGUACGAAGUCUCUUUGUACCAUUUUUUGUGGAUAACGUAAUUGUUAAUGAUCAUGAUGAAGUUAUUGUUGCUGGUCAUCCAAAUGCACUAUUAUUUUUUUUACACGCAGUAGAUCGCCAACAACAUCAUGCUCCUUCUGAAGUUGCACUGUUUCCUUAUCCGAAAUCAAAUUCAACAUUUAACACACUACUACUUACUAAUGGUGAAUUACUAUCAGCAUCAACUGUUGGUGGUACAUAUAAACAAAAACUUCUUGUUGGUGCUUUCAGUGAUCCUGGAAUUUUAAUAUGUCAAGAUUAG